UCCCUCCUCCCCGCCCGCUUCCGCCGGGCUUAUUAUCCUCCUUAUUGACAAACAGAGCGGCUGCGGCGGCGACUCUCGGCGUGCGUUUGUAGCCAAGUCAUGGGAGACAAGAAGAGCCCCACCAGGCCGAAGCGGCAGCCGAAGCCGUCCUCGGAUGAGGGUUACUGGGACUGUAGCGUCUGCACCUUCCGGAACAGCGCCGAGGCCUUCAAGUGCAUGAUGUGCGAUGUGCGGAAGGGCACCUCCACCCGAUCCACAUUCUUUGAAGUUAUUGUGAAUGCCUCGUGGACCAUGGGACUGUUGAAAUUUCCAAUUUCAGGAAGGAAACCUCGACCUGUCUCCCAGUUGGUUGCACAGCAGGUUACUCAGCAGUUUGUACCCCCUACACAGUCAAAGAAAGAGAAAAAAGAUAAAGUAGAAAAAGAAAAAAGUGAAAAGGAAACAACUAGCAAAAAGAACAGUCAUAAGAAAACCAGGCCAAGAUUGAAAAAUGUGGAUCGGAGUAGUGCUCAACAUUUGGAAGUUACCGUGGGAGAUCUGACAGUCAUUAUUACAGACUUUAAGGAGAAAACGAAGUCACCGCCUGCAUCUAGUGCUGCCUCUGCAGAUCAACACAGUCAGAGUGGCUCCAGCUCUGAUAACACAGAGAGGGGAAUGUCCAGGUCAUCUUCACCCAGAGGAGAAGCCUCAUCACUGAAUGGAGAAUCUCAUUAAAGUCUAUUUUCUCCAGUUUCCGUCACUUCUGUCAUACCAUGCAAAUACACAGAUUAUGCCAAGAAGUACCACAUUUUCAUGACAUACAUAUUCAUGCACAAUCCAUGAUUUGCGUUUUAAUUAAAAUAGAAAUUUGUUAGAAUUCGUUAGAUUUUAAUUGCAAUCUGUGCCUACCAAACAUUUCCAGACUUAAUGUUUUGGUCUCCACAGUUAAAGCUGCCAUGAAAAUGUGGUUGAGUUAUUCAUUAUGCAGUGUUAUUGGUAAGUCUAUUUUCACUUUUAGUUUAGUGAAUUCUAACACAUAAUUCUUGAAUUCUCUACUAUUGGCAUGUAAUGAAUUUAAAUUUUUAUAACAUAGUGCAAGCUGCCUAAAUAUGUAUUAUUUGAGAAUUGUGAAACAAAUAGUUAUAUGUAUACAAGUCAAAGAUCAACGUAAUCAACUAUUGCUGCAACAGAAUUUUCUUAAUGGUUAUCCUUUUAAAUACACCUGCUGGUACUUGGUGUGGUUAAAUAGGAAGAUUGUUAUUAAAUAAAGAAUUUGUAUGAACCAUUGCCAAUGUUUUUGACACAUUUUACUAAAUUAUUGUUUCUGAAUUAUGUUUUAGGUUUUAUCUGUUUUGGGGGGGUUUGCUUAUCUUUCAAAACAUUCAUUGUAAUGUUUACUAGCAGACUAGUAAACAAUAAAACAUUGAUUACGUAGCUUUAUAAUUCAGGUUUAGUGCUAUUGUCAUUGAACACUGGUAUUUUCUGUAUUGUAUAGAACAUUGAAAUUCAAGUAAUUAUAAGCAUUUGAUGAAAACAGAAUAGAAAAACUAAUUUUAAGAGCUGCAGUUUUGGAAAAGCUUUAACUUAGUAAUAGUUUUAUCACUGUUUCCUUGCCCCAGUUGUCCAGGGUCAUAGGAGUAUGAAUCUAAUUAAUACACAAAUGGGAACUGUUGCACAGAACCAGGAAAUAACUAAUAUUUAAUCAGCUUAAUUGGCCUCUAUUAAAUAUAACAAUUCUUAUAAAAAUUAUAGUGCCCUAUUUUCAGAGACACUUGCCAGUUUGUGCAUUUAUCAAUAUCCUAAAAUUAAAAAAAUAUUUACAGCCCCACUUACUAUUAUGUAAAUUUACCAAUAAAAUAUUUUUAUGACUACAGAUUUUGCAUUUUUGUUUGCAACUAAUAAAAGUGUUUUAUGUUGUCUUUAAAGAUCCAACUUAGAAACCACACAGUACUUCUUA